UUAUCAUCAAUUGUUGCAUGUGCGGUACUCGCGGUUCUCCUCUAGGUUCUCCCACAGCGCCCACAGCACACUGCACAGCAGCCUUCCAAACAGUGGCGUGACGUAAUUUCAUCUUCUGCUUCGGCCCGGACCCGACCCCGACCACUCAUUUCAACCAUAAGGCCGACUUGACAGGCAAGAGUCUCAGAAUUGGAAAAAUACAUUGAACGAUCAUUUUGAUGCGAUACGUCAUCACGUUUUUCGGCCGGCUUCUCAGUACCAUCACUUGGCGUCUGGCUGGCACCUCUGGUACCUACUGUUUGCUGGCUUCGAUUUGGACAAGAUUAGGUUCUGGUCGUCAUUAUUUUGAUUGGAUCAGGAUCACUAUACAAGAUGAGCAACAACUCCAAUACACAAUGGAUACAUGGGCAGUUGUCAAAGGUGUUGGGCUUUGAAGUACCACAGGAAAUGAUUGGGUACAUUGUUUCUAUGGAAACAGCACAAGACCUAGAAGACUACUGUCGAUCUCUUUUGAACUUUGAUAAUCCACAGCACAAACAAUUUUAUGAUGACCUCCUUAGACGACUGAAGGGAAAUAUGAAUGAUAGUACAGGUGACCAACCAUUAGGGUAUAAGAAACCUCAAAAUGAAGAAAUUUAUUUUGUUGGUAACACAGAUAAGAAGUCUAGUAAAAGUAGAAAGUCUACAGGAAAUCAAAACUCUCAACCAGCAGUUAAAGAUGAAGCAAAGGAAGAACCAGAACUCCAAAAUGAAGGUGGCCAGGGAGCCAUUAAAAAGCGUCCAAAAUUUGUUAAUCUUUAUUCUCAAGAGGGUCAAAAUAAGGACACAGUUCUCCUUAAAGGGCGACAUGUUUGUCAGUGCCAAGCAAGCAAGCACAAGUUAGUGAAUAAUUGUGUCAAAUGUGGUCGAAUAGUUUGUGAACAAGAAGGGCCAGGACCAUGCUUCUUCUGCGGAAAUUUGGUCUGUUCUCCUGAAGCAAUGAAAGUUCUUCAGAGAAAUUCUCGCCAGUCUGAAAGUCUUCUCAAAAAGCUUUUGAGUCAAGGCAAACCUACUGAUUUGGAUGCUGCGAUGGCUCAAAGAAAUCGUUUAAUUGAAUAUGACCGCACGAGCGAGCGACGGACCAAGGUAAUAGAUGAUGAGAGUGACUACUAUUCUUCAAAUUCUGUUUGGCUCUCAGAAAGUGAAAAAAUUAAAUUAAAAAGCCAGGAAGAGGCUGAAAGAGCUCGAAAGCAUGCCUCUCGGAGAGAAGCUCGCUUUACCCUGGACUUUGCUGGCCGCCAAGUGAUGGAAGAGAAAUCUCAUCUUGAAAUGAUAAAUGAUGAGGAAGACAGAAGAGCCCUCAAAGAACUGCAAGCUAGUGGUGGUCAUGCAAAUCUUAAUCUUGAUCCAGGAAUUGACUUCCCAGAACUCACAUUCCAAAGGUCAGUUAUUAGUGAACUGCCUUGGAGAAAAUCACCAACACCAGAGGGUGAUAUGACUUUCCCUCAACCCAGUAGAGUUCAGGACAAAGAAUUUCUUGAAAUGACUGACUCAGGACGUUGCCUGAGCAUGCACCAACCUUGGGCAUCUCUCCUUAUAUCUGGAAUAAAGUUGCAUGAAGGUCGCAACUGGUACACAGCUCAUCGAGGCCGCCUGUGGAUUGCUGCAGCAGCUAAAGAACCUGAUCUACAAGAAAUUAAAACCUGUGAAAAUGUCAUGCAACUCUUGAAAAGAGAUGAAAAUAUAAGAUUCCCUGAGCACUAUCCAACAGGCUGUUUACUUGGCUGUGUAACUGUUACGGACUGUUUAGCCCAAGAAGAAUACAGGCAAAAGUAUCCUGAAGGGGAGAGUGAUUCUCCAUUUGUUUUCAUAUGUGAGGAUCCCUUGGCUUUACCAGUCAGAUUCCCUAUGCAAGGACAACACAAAAUAUAUUCUCUUGAUUCAAAAAUUCACAAUGCUGCUCAAAAGUCUAUUCAAAGAAUGGCAAAAGUUCAGGCGGAAAGGAACAGUGAAAAAAACAACUGAUCCGGAUUUUAUUAUGAAAUGUAUGUUUUGUUGACAACUCCCUCAUUACGUGUUGAAAGCCACAAAUGUUCCCUAUAGUUUGAAAACUGUUGCAGCCGUCAGACUGUUUUUGUUGCAAAGUACCUUGACAUAUUUUUAUAUCUUUUUGUAUAUAAAUACUUGUGUACUGUGAUCCUUGCAAAUAAGAGAUUUAGUUCCUGUUGUGAUUUCUUAAGCAACCCAAUUAUGAGAAAUAAUAAAUAUGGUAGCCAUCUCAUUGCA